AUGCCCUCUAUCUAUAAUCUUUCUACUAGUAUUAUGUUUGUGCUCUGCCAUUUAUACUCUUUUUGGAAAGGUAAAUUUUUUACAAGAAAAAUCUCACCCCAGAACAGUAUGCUAACGCUGAGAGAUUUUGACUUUUUGAAGAUUAUAGGAACCGGCACAUUUGGCAAAGUAUUUCUUGCAAAGCUUAUCGGAAGUAACAAGUACUAUGCGAUUAAACGAAUGGACAAGGAGCUUCUUAAAGAAAAUAGACAGCUAGACAACAUCCAGAGCGAAGCGAAUAUCCUGGCAGAAGUGAGCAGUAGCCCCUUUGUUGUGAAAUACAAAAAGCUAAUUGAAACUGAAACCAACAUGUUUCUUAUCAUGGAGUAUGUAAUAGGCGGAGAGCUCUUUUAUUACAUGAAAAAGUAUGGAAGAUUCCCACCGGAAGCUGUUCUUUUUUUCAGCUGUGAAGUGCUCAUGGCACUUAAGUUCAUACACAACAAGGACAUAAUUUACAGAGAUUUAAAACCUGAAAAUAUACUUGUAAGUGGUGAUGGGCACAUCAAACUUGCAGAUUUUGGGUUUGCAACAAAAGUAAAUACAAAUGUAUUUCUUUUAUGCGGAACUCCCGAGUAUAUGGCGCCUGAAAAGCUUUUAGGAAAUGGAGACACAAAGGAGACAGAUUACUGGUCAUUUGGAUGUCUAAUAUACGAAAUGGUCUGUGGAGCACCACCAUACUACAGCACACAGACAGAUGUGAUCUACAAAAGAAUUUUAUCGGAGCCAGUAGCAUUUCCAGAUGAUGUUUCGGGGCCAAUACAGGACUUGCUAACUAAGCUGCUAAUUAAAGAUAGAGAAAGUAGACUUGGAUGCAAGGGAAUAGAGGAAAUAAUGAGUCAUCCGUAUUUUGAAGAUGUUAACUGGGAGGAUGUAGAAAAUUUGAGGUGUGAGCCCCCCUUUCUACCGCAUUUGUAUCAAUUUCAGAGCUCUGCAGGAUUAACUGCUGACCAGAGAAGAAAAAUAGAAUAUAGACCAAUACACAGUUACAAAAGACUUUUCAGGGUUGACAGACAAAAAAUCACUGUCUGCAAGCCUGUUACUAAAAAUAGCAUUAAAAAAUAA